AUGGCAAGUCCCGAACUGGCUGAAAAACUGAAAAAGCGUCUAGAUGGCUCUGAGAAACCAGAGGAAACAAGUUCUCAGCAAGAACCUCCUCCGGCUCCAGUGAUGCCACAAAAGAUUGUCGAAAAUCCAUAUAUUCCAUGUACUGACACUUCAAUUGAUGACUUAAUUUUCAAAGCGUUGGAGAAAAAAGAAGAAAAUAAUAACAAUCAAUCCACAAAACCAUUACAAAUCAAGACGAAUUCCGAACCCUCAACAUCUCCGUUUCCAAUGAAUCAACAUCAGAAUCCAACAGUCGUGGAUCCACGAAGUCCUCCACCGAAAAGAUCAAUUCAAGAACUUUUAGAGGUGGAGCGGCUAGAAAAUGAGCAACAACAACAGGCGGCUCCAGUCCCAAAGACUCCAGUUAUGGUAAUAACAAAAGGUGCAUUCCCAAGAAGUUCAUCACCAAGAAGACAACAAUUCGUGAGGGAGAAUGAAGAUGGAAACGAGUUGGAAAAGAGAUUAGCAGCACAGAGACUGAAGAAAUAUACAGAGGAAAUGGAAGCGAAGAAACCAGUGGAUGUUUUGGAUGAAAUAAUGAAAAGUCCUCCACCUCCUCCACCACCAACAUCUCCUCCACAACUUCCGACCAGUCCACCUCCACCAGCUCCUCCAGCAAGAAUAGCCAGUGUUCGUUCAGAAGAAUCAAUUGAAGAAGAAGAACGUCGUCGAAAAGAAAUAGAAGACACUGCUUCAUUUGAAGAACUCGAAGCUGAAAUCAUGAGAAUCUCGAGAAGUCCCGUCCCACCUCCAGUCCUGUCAAUUCCUCCACCUCCACCUCCGAAUAUCCCACUUCCAUCGAUUCCACGUGUCUCUCCAUCCCCUCCAUCACCCCGUCCAACAAGUGUUCCACCUCCAAUCCCGAGUCCAGGACCAUCUGAAAAUGUGAAUAUGGAUGAGCUGAUUGAAUCUUUUUCUGAUUCUGUUAUUAUCAACUCUGUCUCUCCACCACCUCCAUUGCCACCGCUUCGUGAAUCAUCUCUAGAAGCUGAGGAAGUCAAUGAGAAGACUCCAGAAGAUCCAACACCGGAAAUCGAUAGAAAACCUGAGAAAAAGUCCCCGGAAAAACAAGUUCCGACCAAUGAGAAAGUGGAAGAAGCUAAACCAGAACAUCCACCAACGGAAACAGAACCGACGGAACUUUCAGCACCAAUCGUUCAGGCGGAAGUUCCUGAAGUUUCAGCUUAUGCAGUCUCCGAUAUUGUUCCAAAACCACUAGAAGUAAUAGAAGAGCGUCCGAAGGCACCAACACCGAUUCGAGAUUCAUCUCUUCCACCUCCACCACCACCGAAACCAGAGACACCACUGGCGAUUCGAAGAGCAACUGGACCUAUUCCAACACCUCAGUUGAUUGAAAUGAUUCACCAGGAAGAUUUCGCUCGUCCAGCAUCGCCCACAUCCUCAUCUGUUUCUCACAGCCGUCCACAGUCUCCUGCUGUUCCCAAAAAACCAUCUGUUGUCAUAAGUCCGUUAGGAUUGUUGUGUGACCCCCAUCUUUCCCACGAGAAAUCUACCGUAACAACUGAAAAUCCAGAAGAAGUGAAACCGAUGGAUCCAGUACCAGUACCUCCAGUUGAUGAAACUGAGUUGACGGAAGCAUUGGAGAGGAGAAAUAAGAUUAUUGAAGGCGAGAAUGUACCGUUGAAAAUGAACAAGAAGAUUUCGUUGUAUGCCGAAUUCAGCGAGUUCUCCCGAAAACAAAUCCAAUAUUUCGUCGACACUUUCAAGAAAUACGAUGAGGAUCAAGACAAUUUUAUCGAUUUUAACGAGUUGAAACGAAUGAUGGAAAAACUUGGUGAAGCACAGACUCAUAUCGCAUUGAAGGAGCUCAUCAAGAAGGUCGAUGAAGAUCAAGACGGCAAAAUUUCCCAACGAGAGUUCCUUUUGAUCUUCCGAUUGGCGGCCAGCGGUGAACUGUCAUGCUCAGAAGUCUUCAAGACACUCGCAGAAAGUGUCGACGUCUCGAAAGAAGGCGUUCUUGGAGCAGCCAACUUCUUCCAGGCUAAGAUCGAAGAACAAACCAAACUAUCCCGAUUCGAGGAAGAAAUGAAAGAAGAAAAAGAGGAGAAGAAGCGACAAGAAGAAGAGAAAAAGGCUCGUCGUGAGAAGUUCCUCGCUAGCAAAUCGAUCUUCCAUUGA